CAUAUGCACGAUGUGAAGAACGAAAGCGUGCACACUGAUGUGCCCAAGUUGAUUCAAUUCGUUAUCAUUUCUGUUAUUUAGUUGUGUUUGUUAACGUCGGGAAUAUGUCUCCAAAGAAGAAGCAUGGGUCAAGUCAUCAAUUGACCCAUUUGAUCUACCGACAUUUGAAGGAAAACGGCUUCCAGAAAGCUGCAGAAGAACUCAGAAAGCAUGUGAAGGGCGGAGAACCAGAAGCCUUGUCAACUUCACUACUGGACAUCUACAAUAAAUGGUUUGGAGAUGCUUCCAAGAGUACAAAGACGGGAACAGAACCGGAUUCUUCUGAGUUAAAAAAGAACCGCCAAGCAGACCCUGAAAGUAGCACAGAGAGCUCGAGUUCAGCAGAGGAAGAAGCAACACCUGUUAAAGCCUCCCAGACCCCAAAGCCUCAGAGCUCAGCUAAGGCCAGCCCAACUAAGGCCAAGACUGCAGUGCAGACGACUCUUGGAGGGAAGGGGACAGACAGCUCAGAGGACUCUGAGAGUGAGGAGCCACCGCCACAAACAAGCCCUGCAACGCCCAAAGCCUAUCAUGUUCCAGCUGCAAAGAUCAAGGCCCAGUCAGAGGUCACGCCAUCGACCCCAACCAAGGCCAAGUUAACAACCACUUCCACGCCUAAAUCUGGGGCCUCCAGCAAUACCACUGAUACGUCUUCAGACAGGAAAGAGGCAACAACAGUGAAAACACCAGUGACGCCAACCAGUAAACCAACAGCCAAGACGAAAGCUACUCCAACUAAAGCAGUGAUUGUUGCUACUCCAAGCAAGGCCAAGGCAACAACUGCUACAUCUACAGCAUCCGACUCAUCCAGUUGCAGUAGUGAGUCGUCAGAUAGCGAUGAGGAGAGUCCAGCGGUGAAAACACCCACAACACCAAAAGCAACACCUGCAAAACCAGUAACGCCAAUUAGUAGAACAUCAUCAACGGCCAAGCCAACAACCAAAUCGAAAACUACAGCGCCAGAGACUUCCAGUGACACCUGUGAUUCAUCGUCAGAAAGUGAAGAGGAAGGUCCAACAGUGAAAACACAGACAGCGCCAGUGAAGCAACAGACAGCAACACCAACAGCCAAGAUGAAAGCCACCCCAGUUAAACCAGUGGUUGCUGCUACCCCAAACAAGACCCCAGCUAGUAAGGAGUCCAGUGACAGCAUUGAUUCAUCAUCAGACAGCGAAGAGGACAGUCCAGCAACGGAAACAGCCACAACACCGGCGAAACCCGCUAAAAAUGCUACCCCGGCUAGAGCAGCGACUGUUGUCACUCCAAGCAAGCCUAAGGCAACAGCCACUGUCACAGCCAAGACUACAACAGUAGAGUCAUCUAGUGACAGCAGUGGUUCAUCAGACCGCAACAAGGAGAGUCCAGCAACGACAACAGCUGCCACGUCGAAAGCUACACCAGUGGCGCAUCAGAAAACAUCAACAGUCAAGACGAAAGCCCCUCCGAGAACUCGAGUUAAACCAGUGGUUGCUGCCACUCCAAGCAAGACCCCAGCUAGUAAGGAGUCCAGUGACAGCAUUGAUUCAUCAUCAGACAGCGAAGAGGACAGUCCAGCAACGGAAACAGCCACAACACCGGCGAAACCCGCUAAAAAUGCUACCCCGGCUAGAGCUGCGUCUGUUGCCACUGUCACAGCCAAGACUACAACAGCAGAGUCAUCUAGUGACAGCAGUGGAUCGUCAGACAGUGAAGAGCGAAGUCCCGCGGUGACAACAGCUGCAACGCCGAAAGCUACAACGAGGAAGCAAACAAAAGCAACAUCAACAGCCAGGACGAAAGCCCCUCCGAGUACCCCACUUAAACCAGUGGUUGCUGCCACUCUAAGCAAAACCCCAGCUAGUAAGGAGUCCAGUGACAGCAUUGAUUUGUCAUCAGACAGUGAAGAAGAGGGUCCGGCACCGAAAACAGCCAUGACACCAGCCCCUCCUGCUAAAGCGGCGACUGUUGCCACUCCAAGCAAGCCUAAGGCAACAGCCACUCUCACAGCCAAGACUACAACAGUAGAGUCAUCUAGUGACAGCAGUGAUUCAUCAGACAGCAACGAGGAGAGUCCAGCAACAACAACAGCUGCAACACCGAAAGAUACACCAGUGAAGCAAUCAAAACCAACAUCAACAGCAAGGACCAAAGCCCCUCCGAGAACUCGAGUUAAACCAGUGGUUGCUGCCACUCCAAGCAAGACCUCAGCUAGUAAGGAGUCCAGUGACAGCAUUGAUUCAUCAGACAGCGAAGAGGACAGUCCAGCAACGACGACAACCUCAAAACCACAAACGACACCAGUGACACAAGCCAAACUGAAAGCAACGUCAAAAGCCAAGACGAAAGCCACUCCAGCUAAGCCAGUGGUUGCUGCUACCCCAAGCGAGGCCCAGGCAACACCCACUGUCACACCUACAAGGACAGCGCCAGAGUCGUCCAAUGACAGCAGUGACUCACCAUCAGACGUCCCAGAUGAAGCCCCAGCAAAGCAUGCUGAGGUUCGACUUAAGACCCCUGCUUCGGCUAAGAAGACCCAGAGUGGGAGAAAGGGAAAUAAACCUGCUUCUAAGGACCUACUCCUACUGCUGAGCAGUCUUACUUCACCCGCAGCUAAAGCCAUUGAGAAGAAGAGCGGCCGUAGUGGAGACUCCUCAGUUGAGGAAACUCCAGCUGUUACAGCAACACCUGCUGUUGCUCCAGCCACAAAUAAAGGAAAGAGGGUGGCUGCAAAAGACAAGAAAGCAACCUCGUCGAAGAAAGCACAAGCCUCAGCUCCAUCAGCCAAGAGGAAAAGAGGUGAAGACAAACCAGGGGACACGCCCGUUAGGGGCAAAAAGAAGAAGCCCUCCCCUGAGACUCUCAUGGCUGCCCUGCCUCUGACCGUUCUUGGUCCUCCUCCUACAGGGGGAGACGACUCUGGCUCGGACUCUGACACAGAUCUGGAUGUGGAGAAGUGGAAGAGACUGGCACUGGAACUAUCAGACACAAACAUCGCCAAAAUGGACGCCAUCACUCCACCUGCUCUCACCUCACCUGCCGCAGCAGCGAAGAAAACAAGAGCACCGAAGAAGCCCAGGGCUAAAGCUGCAUCGAAGACACCUAAACUCAAGGCUGGCGCUGCAGUGGAAAAGUCUAGUGCUGCUGAAAAGGUCAAGACUACAGCUGAAAAGGGAGAUGGGAAUGGGAAGACCAAGACAACUGCAAAAGCUAGUAAAACCAAGUCCAGUCAGGCUAAGAAGGCAGCACCUCCCACCCCAUCAGUUAAAACAUCUCCCACCCCAUCCCCUGAAGGCCAAGCAGAGAUCAACAAUAAUACUGCCGACCUUACGACCGUGGCAGACAAACAGCCACCCACCAUGCCUGCUACCCCAACACCUAAUGGAAAUCCGUCAGCCAAGAGGAAGAGGGAAAAUAAGAACAAUAUGACUAAAGCAGAUGACAAUUCACCACAACCCCAAAAGAAGAAAAGGGAAACUGGCGAAGAGAAGACUGAUGAAAAGAAAAAUGAGACUGUAGAAGAGAAGGAAAAGAAGAAGACGGCUAAGGAGAAUGGUGCAAAAAAGGAGAAGGGAACGAAGAAGAAACAGGAGGAGAUAAGAAAGGAGAAUGAGACUAAGAUGGAACUGGAAAAGGAUAAGAAGAAGAAGCAGAAAACGAAUGAGAACUCUGUUGACAAGGAACCACCACCUCCAUCCACCACAGUAACACCUGAUCCUCCAACAGAGAAGAAAAAGAUGAAAAAGCUGAAACUUUCAGCGACUGCAGUGCCUGAGAUGCCAGUCACACCUGCCCAAGACUCCAUCCCUGUACAGCACCCUCCAGCACCCACAGAGACCCCACCUAAAAAGAAAAAGAAAUCAUCUAAGAGUAAGAAAGGCCUUUAGAGAUGAAGACUAUCUUAAAGGGGCCUCUCAAGUGUAUGUGGACCUGGACGCAUUCUACCUAAAUGGCAGUGGAGCAAUAACGGGUAAAGACUGUCUGUCCACACAAUGGUCUCCCUAGACUAGAUCAACUGGGGAUUUGUUCUAUUUUUUUUUUUUACAUUGUAUACUGUAACAAAUUAACUCUUUUCCUGUUUUGCUAAAGUGGAAAUAGUGUUUUUUUUAGCCUAUUUUUUUUAACUGUAAGUGCAUGUCCUGUACAGGUUCUAACUGUUUUCCUAUUUGAAGAUGGCAUACUAUGAUGUGCUGCAGCUGUUUUUAUGUUACCGUACAUUUUAAUUACGGUGUUUUCUUGCAUGUUCUUGUGACAGCGAAAAACAGAAUGAUUUAUGGGAAUGUUACGUUUACGACAGCGUCUGCUGCUUUGCCUCACAUGGUGGAUAAGGCCGAUCCUAAGUCGAGGGAAGGAUCAGAGGAACCUCAGAGCCAUUGUUUAACCCUUACACCCUAGUAAUGAAUGCAUAAUAGGAAAAUGAGAAAUACUACUAGGAUUUUUUUUUUUUUUUAAGUUUCAUGGUCAAAUGUAUUUACUGUAUCUUUUUCACAAAAUGAACUCAUUUUUCCACA